GCGCCAUCCCGGAAGCGCGAGCAAGGCCGCCAUAUGUGCAGGCAGCGGAGGAGGAGGAAGAGAUGGACGCCCCGGAGGAGGAGGAAGAGAUGGACGCCCCGGACUCGGCCUCAAGGGUCUUCUGCAGCCGCAUUCUGAGCAUGGUGAACGUGGACGAUGUCAACGCCAUCAUCCUGGCCCAAAAGAACAUGCUGGACCGCUUUGAGAAGACCAACGAGAUGCUGCUAAACUUCAACAACCUGUCGAGUGCCCGCCAGCAGCAGAUGACUGAGCGCUUCCUACACCACACGAGGACCCUGGUGGAGAUGAAGCGGGACCUGGACAGCAUCUUCCGCAGGAUCAGGACGCUGAAAGGGAAGCUGGCCAGGCAGCACCCAGAGGCCUUCAGCCACAUCCCAGAGGCGUCCCUCCUGGAGGACGAGGAUGAAGACCCCAUCCCGCCUAGCACCACAACAACCAUUGCCACCUCAGAACAAAGCACGGGCUCAUGUGACACCAGCCCCGACACCGUCUCGCCCUCCCUCAGCCCCGGCUUCGAAGACCUGUCCCACGUCCGGCCUGGCUCCCCUGCCAUCAAUGGCCGCAGCCAGACGGACGACGAGGAGAUGCUGGGCGAGUAGUCCUGCUCCCAGGGGUCUCAGGGCAGUGGCAGCACCCCCAGGUGCCUGAGGUGGCAGUGGGUAACCCUGCCUCAAGAUCGUCAGCUUUGCCAUGAUAGUCUGUCAUCCAGGGCUCCAGGGGGACAAGCUCCUUUCGGGGGUAGUCAAAGCCCUGUGGGGUUUGUUCUUC